CGGGCCGGGGCCAGCGACGUCAUUUCCGGGCUGAUGCCCCUGCGCCGCGCGGUCUCUCUCUCUCUCUCUCCGUCUCCGGGGCAACGGGCAGCGCGCGGGCGGGAUGAGAUGAGCCGCGAGUGAGUGAGUGAGUGAGUGAGGACCCGGGCCGGGCCGGGCCGGACACGAAGCUGCCCGACCCGCUGAAUGACUCCAGCACUGUGUGACCUUCUUCCCAUGAUGCAUUCUGCCCCCCACGUGACUGCGCAAUGGCAGGGGCGGGGCCGACACCUGUCAGGGUUUAGGAGCCGUUGCUGUGGACGGAGAGACGGAGGCGUGAGCGGCAAUAGAGUGCGGCCAGGGUGCUGGUGAGUGCCCCCUCCCCUUUCUGCUCGGUGUGCGGGCUGAGCUUCGAGGGGCUGAGCUUCGAUGGAGGACCACAUGGCGGGGCCCAACAAGGAGAAGCGUUAUGAGUGUGAUGUGUGUGGCAAGGCCUGGCGGUACCCGAGCGAGCUGGAGGCCCACCGGCGGGUUCACACGGGAGAACGCCCCUUUGACUGCAGAGAGUGUGGCAAGAACUUCAAGACGGCGAAUGACCUGAAGGUCCACCAGCGAGUGCACACGGGCGAGAGGCCCUAUGGCUGCUCCACCUGUGGCAGGAGCUUUACCCAGUUGUCGGGGCUGCGGGAGCACCAGUUGGGGCACAGCAGUGAGUGGCCUUUCUCCUGCUCCGACUGCGGCAAAGGCUUCAAGUCUUCGCCGGUACUGAAGGUGCAUAGGCGCCUGCACACCGGGGAACGCCCUUACACCUGCACCCUGUGCGGCAAGGGCUUCACCCACUCCAAAAACCUGCUGGUCCACCAGCGCAGCCACACCGGUGAGCGCCCCUACACCUGCACCCAUUGCGGCAAGGGCUACACCCGCUCCAGCAGCCUGCUGGUGCACCAGCGCACUCACACCGGCGAGCGCCCCUACAUCUGCACCCAGUGUGGCAUGGGAUUUACCCGCUCCACACAUCUGCUGUCCCACCAGCGGGUGCACUCCGGUGAGCGGCCCUUUGGCUGCUCUGACUGCGGCAAGGACUUCAAGGAUGCGCAACAGCUGAAGAUCCACCGGCGAGUGCACACGGGCGAGAAGCCCCAUGGCUGCUCCACCUGCGGCAAGAGCUUUGCCCGGUCAUCGGGGCUAUGCCAGCACCGGCGGGUGCACAGCGGUGAGCGGCCCUUCACCUGUUCUGACUGCGGCAAAGGCUUCAAGUCGUCCGCUCACCUGAAGGUGCACAGGAGCCUGCACACCGGGGAGCGGCCCUACACCUGCAUCGACUGUGGCAUGGGCUUUACCCAGUCCACCAGGCUGCUAGAGCACCAGCGCACCCACAUCGACGAGUGCCCCUAAACCUGCGCCCAGUGCGGCAAGGACUUCACCCGCUCCACCAAGUUGCUGUCUGUCCACCAGCAGGUGCACGCCGGUGACCGUCCCGUCCCCAGCCCGGUGUGUGGAGAGCUCUUUGCCAUGGCCUCGCACGCCCUGUCUCAACACCACGUGCACACCAGUGGCCCGCCCUACGACUGCCCGUACUGUGGUGAGACGUUUUACAGCUCACGGGGGUUGCGGCAGCACCGGCGGGCCCACGUCGGCGAGCAGCUGCUCCCACUGUGACAAGAGAGCAUGGGGGCUGCGGGAGCACCAGCGGAUACACACCAGGGAGAGACCCUUUGUGUGGCAAGGGUUUCACCCAUAUGUACAGCACCGGCGUACCCACAAAGGUAAGCGUCCCUUCCCCUGCCCGUCUUGUGGUAAAGGCUCCACCCGCCUUGACCACCUGCUGAAGCACCAACGAGUCCACACCGGCCAGCGCCCCUUCACCUGCCAGCUCUGUGGCAAGGCCUUUGCCCGCUUCUCCAGCCUGCUGGCACACCGUCACGUGGAUAGGCGCUGUUUCGGUAAACACAAAAUGCUGGAAGAAAUGGGUAACAUUUCAAGUCGAGACCCUUCUUCAAUCGCGACCCGAAACGCCACCCAGACCUUUUCUCCAGUGAUGCUGUCUGUCCCGCUGAGUUUCUCCAUAAUUUUGUUUCCUUUUUUGUAAACCCGCAUCUGCAGUUCCUUGUUUUUAAACCAUUCUUGUUAACCAUCUCUGCACCUUCCCCUAAGCCUCCACAUCAGUCCUGUAAUGGAGUGACCAGAACUGUAUGCAAUACCACAAAUGCUACCUGACCAAUGUCCCUUAAAGCUGCACAUUUACACUCCUCUAUCCUUACCUCACAUCCUUUUAUCUCCUUAUUUUCCCUCGCCUCUGACACUCAUCUGGCGAUCACCCCCUCAUCUGUUAACAUAGUGUCAGUCUGACCCGAAAUGUUACCUAUCCAUGUUCCCCACAGAUGCUGCUUGACCCGCUGAGUUACUCCAGCACUCUGUGAAACGUCACCUAUCCAUGUUCUCCACAGAUGCUGCCAGACCCGCCAAGUUACUGCAGCACCCUGUUUUAGGGUCAUAGAGUGUGGAAACAGGCCCUUCGGCCCAACUUUCCCACACCUACCUACGUGUCUGAACUGCAAUAGUCACACCUGCCUGCUUUUGGUACAUAUCCCUCCAAACUUGUCCUAUCCAUGCACCUAUCAAACUUUCUUAAACGUUGGGAUAGUCCCAGCCUCAACUACCUCCUCUGGCAGCUUGUUCUAGCAUUUUGUGUCCACCUUUCACUUGCCAGGCUUUGUCCAACCCCAAUCUUUCUUUUCCAGCUUCCUCCCCCCACCAUCUCCAAUCAGUCUGAAGAAGGGUCCAGACUCAAAACGUCGUCUGUCCAUUCCGUCUAAAGCGGUGGAGGAAUCAGUGGGUCAGGCUGCAUCUGUAGAGGGACGGGAAUCUAAGGCGACCACUCCCACCUUUCCUUUACAACUUUCUCCAACCCCCACACCAAGCAGUCUGAAGAAGGGUCCUGACCUAGAAUGUUGCCUGUCCAUGCUCCCAGAGGUGCAAGUUACUCCAGGAGAUUGUGUCUCUUUUUGUAAACCAGCAUCUGCUGUUCCUUGUAUCUAGACUAGGCGUGCAUUACACCCUACACUUGCGCUCGGUCCACCAAGGCCUGUUGGAUCUCCUGGUUGCCGACCAUUUUAAUUCACCUUCCCAUUCCCACACUGAUCUUUCUGUCCUGGGCCUCCUCCAUUGCCUGUGUGAGGUGACACGCAAACUGGAGGGACAGCACCUCAUAGCUCACAGCCCAAUGACAUGAACAUUGAAUUCUCCAAAUUCAUGCGAUAUCCCCGAUCGUGGGCCAUCUCUUCAUCAUUCCUCUGUCUUCUUCUCGCUGGCGAAAGAUAUCAGGAUUAAUCCGGAGUCAGCGCUUCCCGUCCCCUAGCCGUUCCCCCUCAACUCCGAACGUUGAGAUCUCGCUCUCCGCCCUUGGACGUCGGCAAGACUCCGUCUGCAGUAAAUAAGUUAUUUUGCUCGUCAACCUGCUGGAGCCAAGUCGCAUUCUAAUGAAAUAAUUGUCUUUUUUUGUGGAAGAAAUUAAUUUAUGGGGAAAUUAAAGGAAAAUGAAAA